AUGAUUCUGCAAUUAUGUACACAUCACACACAUAUAUAUAAAAAAAAAAGGCUUCUCUUUCAAACGAAGACAACGACGAUGCCUGCCAAAACCGCCGUUUCGAAGGCUGCUGCGCCCAAAAAGGCCGCUGCACCCAAGAAGGCUGCUGCACCCCAAAAGGCUGCUGCGCCCAAGAAGACUGCUGCGCCCAAGAAGGCUGCUGCACCCCAAAAGGCUGCUGUCGCCAAGAAGGCCGUCAGGGAGGCCCCCCAAAAGGGCGUCAAGAAGGCCGCCAAGAAGGGCGCGCCGGCCGCUAUGACGAAGGUGGUGAAAGUCACGAAGCGCAAGGCGUACACCCGCCCGCAGUUCCGUCGUCCGCACACGUACCGGAGGCCGUCGAUCCCCAAGCCGAGCAACAACAUGAGUGCGAUUCCCAACAAGUGGGAUGCGUUUCGUGUGAUCCGCUACCCGCUGACCACCGACAAGGCGAUGAAGAAGAUCGAGGAGAACAAUACGCUGACCUUCAUUGUGGACUCGCACGCCAACAAAACGGAGAUCAAGAAGGCCAUGCGCAAGCUCUACCAGGUGAAGGCCGUGAAGGUGAACACCCUCAUCCGACCGGACGGCCUUAAGAAGGCGUACAUCCGCCUCUCCGCCUCCUACGACGCCCUCGAGACAGCCAACAAGAUGGGUCUGCUGUAG